AUGCACGCCCCUGCCCAGUGGGCAGGGCGCCGACCGGCACAGGGGCUCCCCUUGCUUGGAGAUCAGCGCCGUCUCCCAGGUCACUUUAAGUUUCCCAGAACAGGGUCACGGCUGAAUCGUAGGCGGACAUCAUCAGACGUGGUCGCCUGGAGCGCUCCCCAGAGCCUCGCGGCGGCGGCGGCGGUUGGAGCGGCGGCGCUCUGCGCCGCGGCCUGGCUGAGCAGGUCGAGGAGGGCCGACGUGUGGGCGCGGGGGGAGUUCAAUCUCGCGGUGUUGGCGCGGUGUCCCGCGCUCGUGAGCGAGUACAGGCGAUUUUCGUUUUGCUUCAACGGCCACGCGGAGACGAUCUGGGGGGCGCUGGCGCGCAGAGGCCCGCGGCUGGCGCUUCGCAGGGAAGUGCUGCGGCUUGACGACGGGGGAGUCGUCACUUUGGACUGGGAGGGGCAGGCGUCGCAGGGUCUCCCCGAUGAUGCACCAAUCGUCAUCCUUAUAGCAGGUUUAGCAGGUGGCAGCAAAGACACAUACGUGCAAUAUGCCAUGCAGAGCACAGGCCGCAUGGGAAUGAGACCUGUGGUAUUCAACUGCAGGGGGACAGCAAAUGGCCCAAUGACAACGCCACAAUUUUAUUCUGCAUCCUUUACCAUGGACCUCAGGGGUGUGGUGGCUCAUUUGGGAAAUACGCAACCUGGUGUCACCCUUUUGGCCAUGGGAUGGUCACUGGGUGCCAACAUCCUUCUGAAUUACCUUGGGGAGGAGGGUGCAACGAGCCCAAUCAAGGCAGCGGUGUCACUUGUCAACCCAUUUAACCUGGUUGUAUCAGAUAGGGCUCUGAAGAGCGGAAUGGCAAGAUUGUACGACAGAAACCUUGGUUUGACGAUGGGAAGAAUGUUCCGUCCACAUGCUCCCCUCUUCAGGGGGCACAUGAAGGAGGAUCGUGUCCAGGCAGCCCUGAAUGCUCAGACUGUCAGGGACUUUGAUGAAGCCAUCACAAGUUUCACAUUUGGCUGGGCAGACGUGGAUGCGUACUACAGGGGAUCUGGCAGUUGCAACAAAAUCUCGAGAAUUCAAGUCCCAUUUCUCUGUGUCCAAGCGCUGGAUGAUCCAAUAGCUGUUAAGGAAGCCAUUCCAUACGAAGACCUUGAACGAAACCCCUACUGCACGCUUGUCUUGACAGAAACAGGUGGACACCUGGGGUGGGUGCAGGCGAAGGAACCCUAUGGAGCCCCCUGGUCUGAUGUUGUUUCCGCUGAGUGGCUGGCAUCUGUGAUGAAAGAAUUGAAAGCAAGAAGUCUGCGGGUAGUUAAUGGCGUGAAUGGGAGCAUUGCCGCUGGGGCGGCAGUCCCUGAUAUAUCUGGUGGGCAAACAGGUAGUGAGCAAUUGACAUCCUCCAAAGCACCAGCGGGUUGA